AAAUAGGUUGUUUAAAUGUUGGAUGGUUUAUCAUGUACACUUUCUAUUCCUUGCCAGGUGUAUGACGUGUCGCGAUUUCUUGACGAACAUCCCGGGGGCGAUGAAGUCAUGUUAAACGCAUCAUCGGGGAUGGAUGCAACGGUUGAAUUUGAGGACGUUUCGCACACCGAUUAUGCACGAGGAUUGAUGAAGGAUUUGUUGAUUGGGAAAAUAGAUGCAAACACUCUUCCUGAGAUGCAGAAGAAAUUCACCAAACAUGAAUAUGAUGCUUCUUCGAGCAACGAUUCAUCAUCCCGUCUCUUGCUCUACGCCGCGCCCCUAUUCAUACUCGUAUUUGCAUUUCUUCUACGUUACUACAACAGCAACUAGUUUUGGGCUUCUCAUCCAUGGCUUCAUAAUAAUUCACAACUAUGGCCAUUUGAACCUUUUUUUUUUUUGUUUGUGACAAAUCUCUCGAGUUUUAUUUAUGGUUUGGUAAGUCUAGAAAGCAAUUCGAUUAAGAGGUUGGUGUGGGUGAUGGUCUAUGGUCCGAUUAUUGAAGCGUACUUGAUACGAAAAAGAAAACUAAACAAAUUAUGGUGUUUAUUA